AUGCCUCAUUUCCCAGACGAAAUAGAAUAUAGUGAUAAAUAUUAAGACGAAUAUUAUGAAUAUCGUCAUGUUUUACUUCCUAAAGCAUUAUUUAAAAAAAUCUCUAAAGGAAGAUUAUUAGAAGAAAUGGAAUGGAGAUAACUUGGUGUAUAAUAGAGUAGAGGAUGGAUUCAUUAUGAAAUACAUAAACCAGAACCACAUAUAUUAUUAUUUAGAAGACCUUUAGGAACUGAUUUAUAAACAGGAUUACCACCACCAGGAUUUAGGGCACCUUACUGA